GCCCGGAGGACUCGGAGGGGGCGAGGCCGCUCUGCUCUCCCUGAGGGGAUCUAGCUCGGGCGUGGGGCGCCGCCGGAGGGUGGGGGGCACCGACGUGACGCCGCCCCCCGCCAGCCACCUCGUCCUUCAUGGUGGCUCCCUGCGACCACCAUCUCGGAGCAGACGCGCAGCCCGGCCCGGGGGCCCGUGUGUGUGUGUGUUUGCGCCGCCGUCGCGGGCAGCGCGGCCGCCCGAGUGAAGGAAAAUGUCCACUCGGACUCCAUUGCCCACGGUGAACGAGCGCGAUACCGAGAACGAUGUCGGCUCAUCAUUGGGGGAAGGCUUUUGCGAAAAGCACACGUCCCAUGGAGAUGGACGGCAGGAAGUUUCCUCUCGAACUGGGCGCUCCGGAGCUCGCUGCAGGAACUCUAUAGCCUCCUGCGCAGAUGAGCAGCCGCACAUUGGAAAUUACAGACUCCUUAAAACGAUUGGAAAGGGGAAUUUUGCAAAAGUAAAACUGGCAAGGCACAUCCUAACUGGCAGAGAGGUUGCCAUAAAAAUAAUUGACAAAACACAGCUGAACCCAACUAGUCUACAAAAGCUCUUUAGAGAAGUAAGAAUAAUGAAGAUCUUAAAUCAUCCAAAUAUAGUGAAGCUGUUUGAAGUCAUUGAAACUGAAAAAACUCUCUAUUUAAUAAUGGAAUAUGCAAGUGGGGGGGAAGUGUUUGACUAUCUGGUUGCACAUGGAAGAAUGAAGGAAAAGGAGGCUAGAGCUAAAUUUAGACAGAUAGUAUCUGCAGUGCAGUAUUGCCAUCAAAAGCAUAUUGUUCAUAGAGAUCUCAAGGCUGAAAAUCUAUUGCUAGACGCAGAUAUGAACAUUAAAAUAGCUGACUUUGGUUUUAGCAAUGAGUUUACAGUCGGAAAUAAACUGGACACCUUUUGUGGCAGCCCACCGUAUGCUGCUCCAGAGCUCUUUCAAGGGAAAAAAUAUGAUGGACCUGAAGUAGAUGUUUGGAGUUUAGGUGUUAUUCUUUAUACCCUUGUGAGUGGAUCUCUUCCUUUCGAUGGACAGAAUUUAAAGGAACUGAGAGAAAGAGUGCUAAGGGGAAAAUACAGGAUUCCUUUCUACAUGUCCACAGACUGUGAAAACCUCCUCAAACGCUUCCUGGUGCUAAACCCAACAAAAAGAGGCACUCUAGAGCAAAUUAUGAAGGACAGGUGGAUCAACGCAGGGCACGAGGAGGAUGAACUUAAACCUUUUGUUGAACCAGAACUAGACAUCUCGGACCAGAAAAGAAUAGAUAUUAUGGUAGGAAUGGGAUAUUCUCAAGAAGAAAUUCAAGAAUCCCUUAGUAAAAUGAAGUAUGAUGAAAUCACAGCCACAUACUUACUGCUAGGAAGGAAAUCAUCUGAGUUGGAUGCAAGUGAUUCAAGCUCCAGCAGCAAUCUGUCACUUGCCAAAGUUAGGCCAAGUAGUGAUCUUAAUAAUAGCACUGGACAAUCUCCUCAUCACAAAGUUCAGAGAAGCAUAUCUUCCAGCCAGAAACAGCGCCGGUACAGCGAUCACGCUGGACCAUCCAUCCCCUCAGUAGUGGCAUACCCCAAAAGAAGCCAGACUAGUACUACAGACAGUGACCUCAAAGAGGAAGGAAUUCAGUCAAGAAAAUCCAGCAGUAGUGCUGUUGGAGGGAGAGGAAUUGCACCAGCUAGUCCAAUGCUUGGAAAUGCCAGCAAUCCCAAUAAGGCUGAUAUUCCUGAACGUAAGAAAAGUUCGGCUGUUCCUAGUAAUAAUACUGCCCCCGGAGCAAUGACACGACGCAACACAUAUGUUUGUAGUGAAAGAACCACUGCUGAUAGGCAUUCAGUGAUACAAAAUGGCAAGGAGAACAGCCUGACAGAAAUGUUCGCUUACGCAGCUAGCCCUGCUUCAGUUUGUACCACAUCCUUCUCCAGUGUUCGGCUGCGACAUCAGAAGUCGAUGUCCAUGUCAGCCUCUGUGCACACGAAGAUGAUGUUGCCUCCAAUAGACAAUGGCGCAGAUAACUUCAGGCCUAUCGCUAUUCCCGAUCAAAGAACUCCCGUUGCUUCAACUCACAGCAUUAGCAGUGCCACCACACCUGACCGUAUUCGUUUCCCCAGAGGAACGGCCAGCCGGAGCACGUUCCACGGCCAGCUCCGAGAGCGACGCACCGCCACCUACAAUGGACCCCCGGCCUCCCCCAGUCUGUCCCAUGAAGCAACACCACUCUCACAGACUCGAACCAGGGGUUCCACUAAUCUGUUUAGUAAACUAACUUCAAAACUAACGAGAAGAAACAUGUCAUUCAGGUUUAUCAAAAGGCUCCCGACUGAAUAUGAGAGGAACGGGAGAUUUGAGGGCUCAAGCCGCAAUGUAGCUGUGGAUCAGAAGGACGAGAACAAGGAAGCCAAACCUCGCUCGCUGCGUUUUACCUGGAGCAUGAAAACCACCAGCUCGAUGGAUCCCAAUGACAUGAUGAGGGAAAUACGGAAGGUCCUGGAUGCCAAUAAUUGUGACUAUGAACAAAGAGAGCGGUUCUUGCUUUUCUGUGUCCAUGGAGAUGGGCACGCGGAAAACCUUGUACAGUGGGAGAUGGAGGUGUGUAAACUGCCAAGACUGUCCCUGAAUGGAGUUCGCUUUAAACGGAUAUCGGGAACAUCCAUAGCUUUUAAAAACAUUGCUUCCAAAAUUGCCAAUGAGUUAAAGCUGUAACAAGAAAAAUAGUUAAGUUGUAAAUUAGUUAGCAAUUUCAAGUGUUUUUGAGAAUUCCGAUGGAAAUGUAUAGAAUAACAUUUAGGCAAUAACUUCUGCAUCCUUCUGAAUAGUGAUAUUAAAAAAAAAAGCUGCUGAGCUGGGCGGGAGAGUUGGACUUUUUUAUAAGUGCACUACAGCAUUAAAGUUGCCUACUAUGUAAAAUAUUACCCCUUCUGCUUUAUUUCCAUUGCUUCUAAGUCUUUGACAACAAAUUGAAACACAGAAUAUAUUCAUUUAAAUAUGCCUCCUGUUUGUGUGGACGUGUGAAUGUACAGUAUGUGUGUAUAAUAUAUAAAAUAUUAUAUGUAAACAAUUCAUUUACAACAUUGAGCUGUACCAGUACCUCUUUUCGGGCUAAUUUUGGUGCUAAAAAUUGAAAUGGCCAAGGAGGAAACACUUGAGUUAAUAUUUAAAAUAACUGAAGUGAUAACCAGUAAAUGCAGGUUUACAGUUCACUGCUGUGUUAAGAAAACAAAAAGUGUGUGAAGGGUUUGGAUUUACGGUUGUGAACAUUAUUAGUCCUGUUUUCUAAGUAGAUCUCAUGAGAUUAUUAAAAAUUCACUUUUACUGAGUAAGUCUUGCAUUAUAUUUUGCCCACCUAUUUAUUAUUUAAGUCUGAAUCAAAUUUUUAAAAUGUAGUUGAUUUGUGCAUUAAAACUUGGGUAAAUGCUUCCAUUCUCCGCUUCUGCUGAACUGCUGAAGUUCUCUCUUUGUCCUUUUGGCUUAUGGGUAUUGAUUGCGGCUAAGAGCGCUUUCCCCUCGUUCCGCUGCAGAACGAGCCUGUCCAAAAGGACGCGCCAAACGCUGGCUAGUGACUUUGUCUUUCAGACCAAGUUCUGCACCUUAGGCUAAGUCAGACCGGCACAAAGCACAAAAGGACUCGCGAAUAAUGGCUGUAUUUUGCUGCCGGUCGCCAAGUCCGCGCUGGUGCCACUCGGGGGUGUUGCUGCACGCGUGGAAACCCAAAAGUGGGAAUCAAAUUGGCUCCUGAUCCCUGUUGUAACAUUCGACUCGCUGAAGCGCAGCCGUAGGCAGCAGCAGGUAGAACUCAGCCUUGCAGCCCUCGCUUCCCUCGGCCCCUUCGCUGCCGCUCUGCUGACCGCGCUGGGGAGCCCGCCCCUGGGGACUCUGGUGGCCAACGAGCUUUCGGUAGGACACGUGCUGCUGCGGGGCGGUCCCCGCUUUCCAACCACCACUGUGGUGAGCCAAAUUUGAUUUUGCAAACUAAAAUGAAGUGUGUUCUUCAUGCAUUGUUUCCUACUGAGAGUCACUUUAUCUCAUCAAGGACUUCUGUAGAUAAUAACCUGCGUUACCAACUUUUUGUAUUAAUAUUUUAUAGUUAUAUUUCAGUGAAGCACUUAAGCAUGUGCUUUAAACUGGAGCCUAAAUUUGCAUUUUGAAUUUGCAGCGAGCUACUAAUUAUUCAUAGUACACAGUUCAGAUUUGACCUGAGGUGAAAAUACAAAAUCCUUAAUAUUUUGCAAGUUAGUUCUUGUGAUCUGUGGUCUGUGAAGGCAGCAGACUUCUCCUCUCUUUCCCUAAGCAUUGGUAUUGAUUAUGCUAGUUUGAAGGGUAAUCAUAGUUGUUAAAUAUAAUAAAUAUUCCUGAAUUUGCAUUUUAUUCUCUGUAUAUUCUGUAUCACGCCAUGGCUUGGGAGCUCCAGGUGCUGCUGGAGUUCAGUUGGCUUUCAGUGCUCUGCCCACGCCUGUGCUGCUCAGUAUAUUUUUUUCCAUGAAAACUCCAUUUUGUAAUAGCAAUAAGACAUUUCAGGGCGGUCAUUGUACUUUCUCAGGUGAAUGGUCACCUAUCCUUUCACUCCCCACCUUGUAAGCACUCCUCCAAAUGUAUAGUUUUUUCCACCUGGCGGUGCACUUUGUUGUCUGAACUGAAAAAGUGUUCUGAGAAAUGGUGUAAAUCUGUAUUCGAUGGAAGUUCCAAAAGGUUUCAUAUUAAAUGUUUUCUGAAAUACUC